UCAAUCCCGGCGGCAGGGGGAGCGGGGCGCCGGACCAGAACUUCCCUUCCAAGCCCGUCGCAUCUUUCUGGCCCUCACUGGGACGCCCCGACACCCCGUCCGGCUCCCACGUCCAGCCCUUCUCCCCCUUUCCUCCUCACCAAAAACCCACAGCCCGAUCCCCCAGCCCAGGGCUAGGGCGGACCCGCCCCUCGCGGCCAGCGGACGCGGCGCCCCAGGCAGGGGGAAACUGACACCCAGCAGGGGCCGCCCCGCCCCUCCCGCCCCUCCGCGGCCGGCGCGAAUCUCUCCUCCUCUCCGGCCCCACAAGUUCGGGGCCCCGGCCUGGCCUUCUGCGCUCUCGUCGCCGGGACCCUCGGCCUCGGACUAGCUGCCCACUGGCCCCCCGAGAAGAUGGCGAGGAGGAGCGGCCACCGCCUGCUGCUGCUGCUGCUGCGCUACCUGGUGGUCGUCCUGGGAUAUCAUAAGGCCUAUGGAGUCUCUUCCCCGAAAGACCAUCAAGUAGUCACAGCAAUAGAGUAUCAAGAGGUGGUUUUGGCCUGUAAGUACCCAAGGAAGACCACCUCCUCCAGACUGGAGUGGAAGAAGCUGGGGCGGAGUGUCUCCUUUGUCUACUACCAACAGGCCCUUCAAGGUGAUUUUAAAGAUCGGGCGGAGAUGAUAGAUUUCAGUAUACGAAUCAAAAACGUUACCAGGAGCGAUGCUGGGAAAUACCGCUGCGAAGUUAGCGCUCCCUCCGAGCAAGGUCAAAAUCUGGAAGAGGACACAGUCACACUGGAAGUUUUAGUGGCUCCAGCUGUUCCGUCAUGUGAAGUACCUAAUUCUGCUCUGAGUGGAACAGUGGUAGAGCUACGAUGUCACGACAAAGAAGGGAAUCCAGCUCCUGAAUAUACCUGGUUUAAGAAUGGCGUCCGUUUGCUGGCAAAUUCAAAACUCAGCACCCAAAGUCCCAACAGCUCAUACACAAUGAAUACAAAAUCUGGAACUCUGCAAUUUAACACAGUUUCAAAACUGGACAGUGGAGAAUAUUCCUGUGAAGCCCGUAAUUCCAUAGGACAGCGAAGGUGUCCCGGAAAACGAAUGCAAGUAGAUGAUCUCAACAUAAGUGGCAUCAUUGCAGCCGUAGUCAUUGUGGCCUUGGUGAUUUCUAUCUGUGGCCUUGGAGUGUGCUAUGCUCAGAGGAAGGGCUACUUUUCAAAAGAAACCUCCUUCCAGAAGAGUAAUUCUGAAUCUAAAGCCACUACAAUGAGUGAAAAUGAUUUCAAGCACACAAAAUCCUUUAUAAUUUAAAAGAAUUCCACCUUUGAGAUAUACCAAAAUCACAGUUGUUACACAAGUUAUUAAAAGAUUACAAAACUGUUUUAUCUUACUGAGAUGCAUGUGGAAAUGAAAUUGGUAUCUCAUUAUAAUUUUUAUGACUGCGACAUCACUUGAAAUUGUUAAACAGUCUGUCAACAUCUUUUGUCUGGAUUAAGUUGAAACAGUCAAAAUACUUGGUAAUAUUCUGGGGGUUGUGGAAUGCUCAAUGUCCUAACUUGUAGAAAAAAACUACUAAAAUGUAUCACACUGAUCCCGAAAUUAAUCCACAGCACAUGAAAUUAUCAACUGCACCCAACUCUAAGGGUCUGAUUUAGAAAGUUCAAGAAAUGCUCAGACAGGCAGAAGGCACCUAUGGUAUCAUUGCUCCCAGAAUAGUCUCUCUCCCCUAUGUAACCCCUGUUCUGAUGCUCAUUCAUCACUAACAAACCAACGAAAGGAAGGAAGCCAGAGUGAGUCUUCCAUCCAAGGAACUGUACUUUGUUUACUUUCAUUUCCGAGAACCAAAUGCCACACGAAGAAAACACCCUAAUGACCAGCGCUCACUCACCUGGUGUCACUGAUUUCUUCAUUAAACUUAAUUUUCAGAGU